AUGCCAUGCUUGAAUAGAGACUCGACCAUGAAGAUCACUGAGCCAAAGACACCAUUUGUUCGCUACAACGCAGAGACAGACGAAGUCAUGAACUUGGACGGUCUUACCCAAGAAGUCUCAUCCCCUGUACAUCAAGAUAGUGCUGGUCCUAGUGUGAUUCGUCGAGCCUCAACAUCGUCUCGUAGGGAUUCUGACACUACCGAACGAAGACAAGUACUAUUACAAAAACCUAACAUACCUUCAGCUGCCGAUGACGAUGAAGACGAAGAGCUAGAUCCUGAUAGCAAGGCAAAACAUGAUGCAUUUGUGAAAGCUCGAAAAGGUCAUUACGGGAAUGAAGCUGAAGCGAUGAAGCGUGCACGAGAAUUGGCUGAGCGUGAAGAAGUUGAGAGUGAGAUGAAUGCUGAAUCCGAUUUACCCAGUGCAGAUUCCUCAUCUGACUUGGUCUCCAUGACCAAUGGUACAGCAUGA